AUGGCCGGUCGUGAAUUCACACUGUCCUUCGAGACUACUCCCCCAACCGCCAUCCAACCCGGGUCCCCCUUCACAAUCCCAGUAGUCAUUGCCGUGAACCCAAUUGGGACACCCGCACAAAAUGUUCAGCACCUUGUCGUGAGCGCCUCCCUCCGCGACGAAGCUGGAACAGGAGCAGCCGUUGGCCUAAGUGGUAAUCUCACGGCAAGCGUGCGGAGCCGAGCCGACAACUCAAUUAGCGGAUAUGCGAAACUUAGCCCGCUCACUAUCUCGCAGCCAGGGAAGUUUCGGCUGCGAGUGAUGCUUAGUGCAGCUUCCUACAACGGUGUUGUGACAAAGGAGUAUGCUGAUUCGACGGUCAUCCAUGUGCACGCCGGUGCGGCUGCCCAACGGCCAACUCCCACUCAGGUGGCACGACUACAGAGGCUUACGGCUGAGAACCUCGAUAUUUCCGCUGCGGAUAUUGCCGCAUGGCAGGGUGCAUGA